CUCCCAAGUUCAGAUAGAAAUCCUCUCAAGCGGUGGCGAGUGAUAACUCGGCAUCGGCAUUUGACUCGCUUGACUCAGUAACGAUUCAACCUUUCUUAUCUUCUCCGAGGACGAGUUCACUCAGUUACAGCUUCUCUCCCUAUGAACUUCAGGCCAUGUAACACUUUUCCAGGCUUGCACUCGAUCGAGAUAAAUUGAAUUUUCACUGACAAUGGGUGUCUCAGGGAAAUGGAUUAGAUCAUUGAUUGGUCUAAAGAAGUCUGAAAAGGCAGAGUCUUCUGAGAAGGACCGAAAUAAGGUUGGCAAGUCUCGGCAUCAAAGAAAGCAUUCGAUUGAAUUUGAUAAUGGUAAACUUCAAAAUGAGCUUGAUGAUGAUGUGACUCUGCCUAUCAGAGAUGAUAAUGAUCGUUCAAACUCCGAUGUCCAUUAUUCACCUUCUACUUCUCAACAAGCUCUUGAUACUGCACAUAAUCACCAAAUAAUGAGGGAAGAAUGGGCUGCCAUUCGCAUUCAAACAGCAUUUCGAGGAUUCCUGGCCAGAAGAGCACUAAGAGCUUUGAAAGGAUUGGUAAGGCUUCAGGCCCUUGUAAGAGGCCAUGCAGUAAGAAAACAAGCUGCAAUAACAUUGCGUUGCAUGCAAGCUUUGGUGAGGGUUCAGGCUCGUGUUCGGGCAAGGCGUGUCCGCUUGGCAUUGGAGAGUCAGAAUGAACAACAGAAAGUUCAGCAGCAGCUUGCAAAUGAAGCUCGUGUUCGAGAAAUAGAAGAAGGCUGGUGUGACAGUGUGGGAUCUGUAGAAGAAAUCCAAGCUAAAAUAUUGAAGAGGCAGGAGGCUGCAGCUAAACGUGAGAGAGCCAUGGCAUAUGCUCUAGCUCAUCAGUGGCAGGCAGGAUCAAGACACCAGGCUGCUUCAUCUGGAUUUGAACCAGAUAAAAGUAGCUGGGGCUGGAAUUGGUUGGAAAGAUGGAUGGCUGUUCGUCCUUGGGAGAACCGUUUUGUUGACACUAAUCUAAGGGAGGGAGCAAUGGUACAUGAAAAUGGAGCAAUGGAUGGUAAAAAUGGAACCAGUGCUAACAGCAAACAAAUUCUGUCAAACAAUCAUCAAAAACCUGCAAGUCAGAAAGCUGGACCGGUUCUUUCCGAUGGCUGUGGUUCUUCACCUGGUAAGUCAGCAGGCUUGCAGGAAGUAGUGAACAUUCAGGCUGUUAAGCCAAAUGGUGAAAAUGCUAUUGAAGAAGCCAAUUCAAAACCCAGGAUUGGGUCAAGAUCUCGUAGUAAUCCAAAGGAGAGAACCUCUCAAGGAGAUAAGCAGGCCAAAAAACGAUUAUCUCUGCCUAACAGCGCAGGGGGAGGUCCUGGGGCUCAAACAGCAAGACAUCCUAAUAGAACAAAUGUCAAAGGAACACUCAGCGCCCAAAAGCUCGGUAGGGAUAAACCUAAGGUCAAUGGAAGAGGGGAUGUAAAUCUUACUCAGCCAGUUCCACAGCAUGCAGGUAUGUAGUUUCAAGAAUCCCAAGAGGAACUGCUCCAUUUGUUCAUUGGGACAUGUCCAGUUUUUGGUCUGUACAUAUAAAAGCCAAGCAUUGAGUGGUUACUUGCAAUCGUCACUUACCAAAAAUUCCUUCAUGAAGAAGACUUUGAUGUGGCUGUUCGAUUUUGAUGAUAAUGAUAUAGGCUUCUGUUAUGAUGAGAAUAAGAUAUUUCCGGUUGAUUCACGUCUUUGUUGUAAUUAUUUGGUAUUUAUUGUUCAGCUACGUGAUAAUGUGGUGGUGUAUUUAUGCUCAAAUGUAUUCCUUUCAGUGUGGGUUGCCUUCCAUAUAUUACUGUGGUUAAGCUAUUGUUGUAUUCUUCUGUUAGCUUGGAACACAAGGCAUAUACUUAAGUGGAGUUAGUUGAGUUAAUUGCAUGAACCUUUGCCUCCUUUCAAGUUUCAAACCGAAGUGCUUCAUCUAUGUAAUAGUCAAAUUAGUAGUGUUUGAGAGUUUGAAUGAAUGGGUUGCCCUAA